AUGCACUCCGACACGUACGUUGGGCCGCUCAAGCGGCGGAACAGUGCUGCGCCAUUGUCCAAUGAUGACAGUUAUUCGGCACCGCAGCCCAUGCACUUGUCUUUGCGCGACAUUGAGCCUAUCUCUGUGGACGAUUUGGAUGACUUGGGCACGGAUGCGCUGCCGAGCCCUAGCACGCUCACCGACAUUAUCUUGAACCUGCACGCAUCUCUGUAUGGAGCCAAGCGCAGUGUAGAAGAAAUCAGGGAAAUGGUGCGCCGGUACUACGAUGGUGAUGCUGUCUUUGAUAGUCCGCUCGUCUCUGUGCACGGGCGGAAUAGGAUUUUGGACCAGUUUAUUUUAACGUUUGCAUUUCCAGGCUUGGACGUGCGCUCAGAGCUCCGCGAUGUGAUUUGCAGCGACUUUGAAUUCGAUGGGACACGGGCAGGGAUCAUUGACCACACCGUCACCGUCAGUCUUUUCCCAUUCUUUUUCGGGCGCCGCACCGACGCGGAGAAGCGGUAUAGGCACGGACCACACAUGGCGACAGGCAGCGUCACUCCACAUCCAUUUGCGAAUUACGCAACACCAUCGACGGCAGAAGGCACCUUUUCCCGCUCCCGGAGCUUCCUCAGCUCGCCUAGCGGCUCCGCAACGCCGUUCAGCGGGGGACGCAAAAACUCGUUCAGCGCGGGGGGAUGGAGCUCAAGAACCAGGACGCCUGUCGUGCCGGAGAGUUUUACGCCGCGGCAAGGAUCCGAUUCGGGCUACGAACUCACACCUGUCGCAAGUGCCGGCGACUUUAGCGGGCGCUUUGCACCACUCGGUGCUGGCCUGCCCCACUAUGCGUCGCACGGGCUUGGCCGCCGCACGAUCUGGGCGCUGCUGUUGCACAAACUGGACCCUUUGCAAGCACUUCGCUCCUUUUUUUCUUUUGAGCUGCGUAUUUUUAGUCGUCUAGAAUUCAACGAGGCUGGCCGUAUCGUGCGUCACGAAGAUACGUGGAGUCUUCGCGAAUUAAUCGAUGACAUCCUUCCCUGUUUUUCCCUAUUCUACAACAUUGAGCGCUUUUUUGUUGGUCUGCUCGCCUCUUGGUUCAUCCGCUGCUUGUAUUCCUAG